AUGUUGCGCAAGGCGCACUGCAACACUUCCAAUUUUAUUACCCGUUCCUUCAAUAGAGUCCUUCAGAUCCGUGCUUGCGUCCUUCUGGCCCUUGCUACCAGCGCUUUCGCUGGCUACACCGGCUACGGCCUUGGCUAUGGCCUGGGAUAUGGUGGCUACGGUCUCGGCUACGGCGGCUACGGUCUUGGCUACGGCCUCGGCUACGGAUAUGGCCUUGGCUACGCCGGUUACGCUCCAGCUGUUGCCCACGUCGCCCACUCUGCCCCAGUCGCUACCACUGUCGCUUCCUACCACGCCCCAGCUGUUGCCACUGUGGCUCACGCCCCAGCUGUCGCCACUGUGGCUCACGCCCCAGCCAUCGCCGCCUACCACGCCCCAGCUGUGACCACUGUUGCCCACGCCCCAGUCGCCACCGCUGUCGCUGCUCCAGUGGCCACCUACGCUGCUGCCCCAGCUGUCGCCACCACCACCGUGCACCACGCCCCAGCCGUCGCCACCGUUGCCCACGCUGCCCCAGCUAUCGCUUCUUACCACGCCGCCCCAGUCUACGGCUACGGUGUCAGCACUCUCGGCUACGGUGCUGGCCACUACGGUUUCGGCCAUGGUCUACUCGGCUACGGCCUGAACUACGGCUACGGCCUUGGCUCUCCAUUCCACUACGGUGCUCUCCUCCGCAAGAAGAAGUAAACUGUUCAACCAGGACUUAUUUGACUAAAAAGAAAACAUACUUUGAUAGUCUACAACUGUCUUGCUCUAGACUUGAGCAAGGACGGUUAAGAUGGAUGAAUAAAAUUGGCC